AUGCAGCACAGACGAGGCAGGAGAGAACAAACCGUACAACUGCCUACAUCUGUAGCCAGACCCGACCAAGUCAUCCAAUAUCCAAAGCUGCUAAGCCCGAAGUACUGGACGAAAAACAUAAAUUGUAAAUCACUGUGUGGCUUGGAGCCUUUCCUUAUACUUCCCAACAUAUUCGUGCCGAAAGACCGCGCUAGGAUAGAGCCCCCCCAAUUUCAUUACGGGUGGGCCUUAAAUGAGGCUUUUCUGCUCAAAUAUGCACACGAUAAUCAUCUCGAAAUAGAGCCUGAGAGCUCACUAUCGGACGAAGGAGAAUUGUUUGAACAUUAUUCAGAAGAGGACGAGGAUAAGGAUCCGAUCAGAGAGAAAAAGAAUGGCGAGGAUGGCGAGAAGGGCAAAGAUGGCGAGAAGGGCAAAGAUGGCGAGAAGGAUGAAGCUGAAGCUGAACAUGUUUGCAGCAGCGGGAAGCAAAUCGAAGAUCGGAGCAGAGACUCGUUAACAGUUGGAGAUACGGCAAGCCCGGAGGAGCAAGUCACUGGGACGCAACAAGACGGCCAACUUGGUGACCCUUCGGAUAGCUUUACGGUCAUCAUAUUGGCUAUCGAUGACAUAUUCACCAAACUGGGCCUUGAACAAUACACACACCUUGUCAAAGUGGGGUGCACAGUCAUAGGCGGGUGUUCCUUCGUGCUAUCCAUAUACACGAACGAUGAUCUACUUCAUUCGCUUCCAACGGACGACGACAUCAAGAAGAUGAAGGAGGGCCUUGGAGGAGAAGGAGAAGCUCGUUGGUACAUAUCAAAUGACAGGUUCGUGCGAAGUGAAGAAACUUCCACUCUGGCCACAUGCUGUGUCAGCUGUGAGGGCUUGGGACGCCUCACGCGCGAUAAAGAGAUCGCAAAAGGAAACUCUCACGAAACCGCAUAUACGACUAGCCUGCCGCGGACACAGAUGAAUCCUCCGCACAGUAACGAGAGGUCUCUUUUUGAGGUCCUCGCAGGGUAUGGUUGGGCAGCCGCCUGCACGCGAGCAGCUUGGGGCUCAUCGCGGGUACUGUGGCCGCAGAACUUGAACAAGGCGUGCUGGCCAGAGUACCUGUGUAGUAAUGUCACGAUGUCGUCCGCUAGGGACGGAAUGGGCCGCAGGCGAGUUUACUCGCCAUCAGGAACUGUGCCCGAGAUAUAUGAACGUUCUUGGGACUUCAGCGUCAACAACAUGUACGGUACAAACCUGGCUAGACACGGCUCAGAGACGCAGUAA